AGCACGUGCAUUUUUCUCACACCUCUCACUCGGGUUUGUCAUUAGAUUGUGAACCCAUAAAGCGCCGAGAUCAAUGCAGAGCUAAUCAGAAGCUAUCGGAAGCUAUCAGCAUAAACGGUCAGCAGUUGGAGCUGACAGCACAAGAAGCGGACAAAAUGAAUUGGAUUGGAUUACUCGUUUGGCUGCUAUUGGCGCUGGAAACUGUGUAUGCCCAGAGAGCCAACUUGACCUCUUGGCGUCAUCAUCGCCGACAGAAGCGUUUCCUCAUUUUUCAAGACGGUGGCGUUGUAAAGAUGGUAGCAGGCACCGCAUUUCCAGUUGACUUUCAGGAGAAGAAUGCGUGGCGCCAGCUGGUCUGGCUAAUGAAUUAUCAUUAUCAAUUCCGUGAACCCACAUCUCCCAUGCACUGGUAUAUGCUCUGGAAUGGCCGUGACUUAAAGGGACCACUCAGACUAACCAAAGAACAGCAACAGCUGGAAGCUGUUGAACAAGAUUUGGAGGUGGAUGAACCGCAGCAAAUGCUUUUCGAAUUUGCAGAGGAGUACAUGAAUCAACGUGGCCAAAAUGGCAGAACUUGUCUGCAGCGUUUGAUCUGUGAGAAUGGUCAGGUGCAUGAGCACAGUGGUCUCUAUGCCCAAUUGCUGCACAGGCUGCUUAAACCCCAUAGAUCUCUGGAUGUGCGGUAUGUGGAUGCUUAUAAAAUGGGCAGACAUGGCGUCAAUUGUCGUAGUGCCUUUCCCGAGGCAUCCCAUUGUCUUCUGGAUGAUUAUGUGCAUGUCCAUGAGCGUGGUCUGACACAGAGUUACGUUUGAUUGAGAUUAUCAGUUGGGUUAUUUGAGUGCAUCCCCUGGAAUUAAAGGGCGCCGGUUGCCACUACUUAAUUGGGACACUUUAAUGACCUCUCUCUUUAAUGAACUUAAGCAGUUAAAUAACAUUUAUGAAGCUAACACCUAAUUAAACAAUGCAAAUUCUUUAUACAAA